GAAGGGAUAAAAGCGCCUCCUCUGCCCUCCCCCUUUGCAACAGCAGGAGGAAGCGAGGGCUGGUCUUCCUUUUGCUUUCAUUCUUAGCAGACCGCGCUGGGCUUCCGAAGAGGCUGGGAUCAUGGCGGACAAGAAGUUGGGAGAAGCGCGAACACAGUUUGUGGAGAGGGUGAACAAAGCUGUCAUUGGCCUUAUGCUGGACGAUCUGCUAAAAGAAGAGGUCCUAAAUGACGAGGAGGUGGAGAAGGUGAAGGAGAAAUCAGCUGUGACGCGGGAACAAGCCAGAAUGCUGAUUGAUGACGUCAGGAAGAAAGGCCCCAGAGCCAGCCUCGUUGCCAUCAAGAGCAUCGUCUCGCGAGAUGGCUUCUUGGCCGGCGAGCUGGGUCUGACCGCCUUCUUGGAAGGAAGUCCAUCUCCACAGCCCCUCCAAGCUGCCAGAUCAAGAACUGUCCUCUCUGUGGAAGAAACCCAGCCUGUGGAAUCCAGGCAGGGGAUCAAGCUUUGUCCUCUGAACGUCUUUGAGAAGAUCCAAAAUGAGAAAGCUGACAAGAUCUAUCCUAUUAUCGGGGACUUGAAGAUGCGCACCCGCAUGGCCUUGAUCAUCUGCAACAUAGAGUUUGAGUCUAACAACUUCUCCAGGAGGGAUGGAGCAGAAAAGGACAUGGAAGGGAUGGAGUGCCUCCUGACAGGCCUGGGGUACAAGGUGGAAAUGAAGAAGAAUUUAUGCUCAGAGGGCAUGGCCAAUUGUUUGAAAUCCUUUGCUGCCCGGGAGGAACACAAGACCUCGGACAGCACCUUCGUGGUGCUCAUGUCUCAUGGUCUGCGGUCCGGCCUGUGUGGCGUGAAGAGUCAGGGCGAGAACUCGGACAUCCUGUCCCACGACACCAUCUACUCCAUCCUCAACAACAAGAACUGCCCGGCUCUGAGGGAUAAGCCCAAAGUGAUCAUCAUCCAAGCGUGCCGUGGAGAAAACAAAGGCAUUAUAUAUGUGAGUGACACAAAGAUGCUCUCUGCUGACUCCCUCUCACCUGACCUGGGGCCCCUGGAAGAGUACGAAAGUGAUGCCAUUCGGCGAACGCAUGUGGAGAGUGACUUAAUCUGCUUCUGUUCUACAACCCCAGAUAACGUGUCCUGGAGAAGCCCCCAGACAGGAUCCGUCUUCAUUGUCCAGCUGAGAAAGCAGAUGCAGGAACAUGCCUGGCGCUGCCACUUGGACGAGAUCUUCAGGAAGGUCCAGCAGGAAUUUCAAAACAACCCGCUGCAGAUGCCCACCAAAGAGAGAGCCACUCUGCUGAAAAGAUUCUACCUCUUCCCGGGCCACCAGGAGGAAGCAAGACCUGGUCUUAGUUUUGCUUUCAUUCUUAGCAGACCGCGCUGGGCUUCCGAAGAGGCUGGGAUCAUGGCGGGCAAGAAGUGGGGAGAAGUGCGAAAACAGUUGGUAGAGAGGGUGACUAAAGCUGUCGUCGGCCACAUCCUGGAGGAUCUGCUAAAAGAAGGGGUCCUAAAUGAUGAGGACGUGGAAAAGGUGAAGGAGAAAGAUGCUAAGUCACGGGAGCAAGCCAAAAUGUUGAUGGAUAUUGCCAAGAAGAAGGGCCCCAAAGCCUACUUCAUUGCCAUUGAGAGUAUCUGCUCCAGAGACAGCUUGCUGGCUAAGGAGCUGGGUCUGACAGCCUUCUUGGAAGGAAGUUCAUCUCAACUACUGCCCCCAGCUCCCAGUCCAGCAUGCAUCGUGGAAGAAAGCGAGCCGGUGGAAUCCAGGCAGGGGAUCAAGCUUUGUCCUCAAAAUGUCUUUGAGAAGAUCCAAAAUGAGAAAGCUGGCGAGAUCUAUCCUGUUAUCCAGGACAUGAAGAUGCGCACCCGCUUGGCCUUGAUCAUCUGCAACUUAGAGUUUGAGUCUAACAACUUCCCCAGGAGGGAUGGAGCUGAAAAGGACAUGGAAGGGAUGGAAUGCCUCCUGACAGGCCUGGGGUACGAGGUGGAACUGAAGACGAAUUUAUGCUCAGAGGGCAUGGCUGAUUGUUUGAAAGCCUUUGCUGCCCAGGAGGAACACAAGACCUCAGACAGCACCUUCGUGGUGCUCAUGUCUCACGGUCUGCGGUCCGGCCUGUGUGGCGUGAAGAGUCAGGGUGAGAACUCGGACAUCCUGUCCCACGACACCAUCUACUCCAUCCUCAACAACAAGAACUGCCCGGCUCUGAGGGAUAAGCCCAAAGUGAUCAUCAUCCAAGCGUGCCGUGGAGAAAACAAAGGCAUUAUAUAUGUGAGUGACACAAAGAUGCUCUUUGCCGACUCCCUCUCACCUGACCUGGGGCCCCUGGAAGAGUACGAAAGUGAUGCCAUUCGGCGAACGCAUGUGGAGAGUGACUUAAUCUGCUUCUGUUCUACAACCCCAGAUAACGUGUCCUGGAGAAGCCCCCAAACAGGAUCCGUCUUCAUUGUCCAUCUUAUAAAGCAGAUGCAGGAACAUGCCUGGCGCUGCCACUUGGAAGAGAUCUUCAGGAAGGUCCAGCAAGAAUUUCAAAACAACCCACUGCAGAUGCCCACCAAAGAGAGAGCCACUCUGCUGAAAAGAUUCUACCUCUUCCCAGGCCACUGAAGACAAUUAAGGACCUCAGAGCGGAACUACAAGUGACAAAAGGCACAGGUUGGACACUUGCCAGCUUCCCUCAAGUUUUGAUGGGAAAUGUAGGCAUCCUAGUCUUGCAGCUUGGCUCUCUGUCUGCUGUCCAAUGGACUUUUCAACUGUCACUUGUCCAACAUUCCGCCAAGCUGCCUACAUUUCCCGCCAAAACUUGAGGGAAGCUGACAAGUGUCCAACCUGUGCCUUUUGUCACUUGUAGUUCCGCUCUCAGUCUGCAGUUUCCAAACCAGCCUCAAGGGGGAAGUGGGUGGAGCAACAUGGCAAGAGAGGGCGGAGCCAGCUCCCUCCACAUGUUCUCCUUCGUACCAAGUCUAGUGCAGCUGUUCACAGACAGAAACUUUUCUCAGGCUUGCAGGCAAUGUUGAAGUACCUUCAGAAGUAUCUUGUGCUGGAGAGGGGAAGGCCCUCCUCUUUGGCUCUCCACAGACUACAGCAGCUGUCUUGCUGGUGUAGCAUGGAAAGGUGAUUGGAUGCCAACUUCUCCACUUCCUCACCUGUCUCCAUCACCACCCUGGUCCUCAAUUUGCACCAUCCAUUAAAAUGUCCUAAUCACUGUACCAGUGCAUUGCACCAGAGUGCGGUCUAGUUGCAAACCUAGGCUUGUGUUGUUCUCCUGCUCUAAAAAACAACUGUAAGCACCGAUCUGUCACUUGCACUUCUUAGAAUCAAUAAAUGAAUGGCCUUGAACAAGGCAGAGAUGGAAGAGGUGAAGCAGCAAUCUACUCUGACGCGGGAACAGGCCAGAAUGUUGAUCGACGGCAUCAGGAGGAAAGGCCCCAGUGCCAGCCUCAUUGCCAUCAAGUGCCUCUGCUCCCGAGAUGCCUUCCUGGCUGAAGAGCUGGGCCUGAAAGCUUUCUUGGCAGGUGUGUGCCACCUUGCAGUUUAGCCUCUCACCUGGGGUAUGCCCAGGCUCAAUGCAUUUGGCUGCCCCCAAGCGAUUACCUCACCCACCUCCAGAGGUACGCACCACAACUAGGCCCAAGCCAAAAGCCAUUCCCCAGGAUUGCUUGUGCAGUCCGGCUGGCUCUGGGUAUGUUUGCAAGAUCCUUUUUGUUAACAAAGAAGAAUCACCACAAAGUGAUGCUUCCCGCUGAUUUUUUCAGCAGUUGCAUAUUGCGACAAAUCAUCUUCUACAUGUAGAGGUGCAAAAGUUGCCAGGUCCCUCCCACCAGGUAAAGUGCACACGUGCAUGCGGGGCUGACACGAUGACGUCACUUCUGGAAGUGAUGUCACUAUGCCGGCCGUGCAAGCACUCCCACGCUCUGCAUGGGGCCAAUUCGGCCUAUUGGGGACCCAAAUCCGCCCCAAACAAAGAGCGGGAACACUCCCACGGCUGGCACGACAUCACUUCCAGAAGUGACAUUGCCACACCUGUUGGGGGCGUACGUGCACCUCCUGUUCCUGAGGGCUCUGCCGGUGGCAGACAACCUCUGGGAGCUUGGCACCUCCUGCCAAUCACUGGGCGAUCAUCGGACAAGGGGGCAUAUCCCUGGGAGUUCACUCGUCGCCACCAUCAGGCACCUGGGAACCCUAUGAGGUACAAAACACUUGAAUUCCACCAAGUUCCCCAUUUGAAUUGCUUGCUUCUGGUUUUAGUGAUAGUCUCCAUAUUUUUACAGUGACACAGAAGCCAAAGUCCCUAUCAUGAUGUCUGUGAGCACCACUGUGCCCAGGAACACCUUUCCUGGCACCCGCCAAGUGUUUUUAGAAAGUGGGCAUGUCCUAGCGGGGCUUUUAUUCAGUAGCUGCUGUCACUACAGUAUAACAAUCUUCACUGUGUGGCUGGUAAGGUGUAUAUAUGCAAAGUGGUGAAGUCUAUAGUCCCUAACUCGUUAGCAAAGCAUCUGAGACCCCUCUCCCUACAAUACAAAGGCUUUUUUGAAUGGUUCGGUUUUGCAUCAUUUGUGGAAAGCUAGGAGAGUGGGGGCUCUCAGGCCAUUCCUCCGGGUAGGGGCCACCACAGAGAAGGCCCGUGAACGGGCAGCUGUUGAUUUUGCCCAUGUGCAGGGUGGCACCUACAGGAGACCCUGUUCAGAUGAGAGAAGUUGCCAUAGGGAGAGAGGCCUUCCCGAAGAUAUGCUGGACCAAGGCCAUGAAGAGCUUUGUAUGUGAUAACCAGUACCUUGAACAGAGCACGGUAACUGAUAGGUAGCCAAUGGAGUGACUGCAGAAUGGGAGUGAUGUUCAUGCUCCUGCUCGCUGCUAACAGUCAUGCCACAGUGUUUUGCACCAAUUGGAGUCUCCUAGUUAACUUAGGUGGGUCAAGUCUUGAUGUUACCAUAGCAUGGAUCCAGGCGGCAAGAUCGAGGUAAGAAGCCAUUUUCCAGGCUAGAGUGAUGUAGUAGAAAGAGUUUUUUUGUGGCUGCCUUAACUUGUUUUUCUAGUAGUAGCACUGGAUCCAGUAUAACCCCAUGGCUCUUAACAGAGUUGGCAAGGGACAGACAAACUCCAUCAAAAUUGGGGAGUACAAUGUCCUUCAAGACCUCCUGCCUUCCCAACAAGCAUCACUUCUGUCUUGUCUGGGUUCAAUU